GCAGUGUUCCAAGGUUUUUUAUUAGAGAGGGGCUGUAUUAUUACAUUACGGUAGUUGUUAUUAACACAACUUGUUCCUCAUUUAUCAACGACAGGUUUUUAAUGUAGAUGAAAAAUAUUGGGUAAAAAAUAAUUUUUAUGUACGUUGAAGUUAAUUAAUCUCACUUUCUAAUUGUCGCAGUUAAAAUAAACUUUCACAAAUCGCAAGUUUCGUUGGUUUCGUUUCGAUUUUCUACGUGUCUACACGUGUUCUUCAAAAGAACCCUCUUUUUUCUCUCUCUCUCUGUCUUGAGCGAGAUAGAACGGAAGAUAGAGAAGAUCGGAUGAUCUUUAAACGUCAGUGUCAUGUCAGUAGUGAAGUGUAUUUCGUAGUGAAUUUGACGGAAUUGUCAUAAACAUUCACGAGUGAAGUAACAAUAACAAUACAAAAAAGUAACUUCGUCAUUUUAUGUCACACAAAAUUAUAAGUGUUUCAGUGUUUCUCAAUUUCAAUCAAAAUUCUAACCUCAAUUUCGCUCGUUCUGCGGUCCAAACGUACAGACCGGUUUCGUAAUUUUCUUCAUUCUUUUUUCGUUGUAAAAUAACAAGAAAAUGAAGUUUUAUAAACAGAAAUUGCUUUCUGACGCUCAACUUAGAAAACUUAGCGAACAUAAAUACUCGUGUACAAGUAACAGUAUCUGUGAUGCCUUAUUACAAGGAUGGUGGAAUUGGUUAGUGUCGAAAGUGCCCUUAUGGUUAGCCCCAAAUCUAAUUACAAUAGUCGGAUUACUUGUAAAUGUCGUUACGACACUUAUUUUAAUUUGGUAUUCUCCAGAUGCUAAACAAGAACCGCCAGCUUGGACAUGUGCCCUCUGUGCAUUAGGCUUGUUUGUUUAUCAAAGCUUAGAUGCUAUUGAUGGUAAACAGGCGAGAAGAACAGGUUCGGCAAAUCCAUUGGGAGAGCUUUUUGAUCAUGGAUGUGAUUCGAUAUCGACAGUUUUUGUUGCCCUUGCUGCGUGCACAUCAGUUCAAUUGGGUUAUUAUCCGGGAUGGAUGUUUUUCCAAUGUUUCUCUGCGAUGACGUUAUUUUACUGCGCACAUUGGCAAACAUACGUCUCUGGAACGUUACGAUUCGGACAGGUGGACGUAACAGAAGCUCAGAAUACUAUAAUCAUACUUCAGCUAAUUUCGGCGAUAUUCGGACCAAGUAUAUGGACUACUAAGUUCUUUGGCGAUUCCAUUCCCCUGUGGUACUCGAUUCCGAUUUUAACAUGCAUUUGCGGAGUCUGGUCUUUAUCGAACAUGCUCGUUGUUAUAUUCACUGGGGGCGUCGGCAAGAACGGGUCAACGGUGGCUGUGGUCGGAUUUCCCUUAAACCAUUUCGUUUGCUGGAUACUUUCGGCGGGGUACACAAAAAAUUUUGUCGUUUUUCUCGGUGCGAUAAAAGCCGGAGGUUGCGGCAAGAAUGGUUCUACAGUCGCAGGAACUAGCGUAUUAUCUCCUAUAAUUCCAUUCUCGGCUGUACUCCUGCCAGCUUUUAUAAUAUACAAGAAAUCAGUGGAUCACAUCUACGAAGAACAUCCGGCCCUUUACAUUUUAGCUUUUGGUAUGGUAGCCGCUAAAGUAACAAACCGUUUAGUGGUAGCUCAUAUGACGAAAAGUGAAAUGGACUACAUGGACUGGUCCUUGCUCGGUCCAGCAAUGUUGUUCCUCAACCAAUACUUCAACGUGUUCAUACCGGAAUAUUACGUUCUAUGGUUGUGUUUGAUAUGGGUUACUUUCGACCUAUACAGAUAUUGUUACCAAAUAUGUCACGAAAUAUGCGACCACUUACACAUCGAACUAUUCCGGAUACCAUACCUGGGGGGGUCGCAACAGCAGCAACGAACAACUAGAGGGCAAUUUCAGCCGCAAUCAACCACUAACACCAUCUCUACUGAGAAGAACGGUAUGAAUGCUAAGUCUAAAAAAUCACGUAAUAAAUAUCAUUAAGAAGAAAACAAAACAAUUUUUGUAAAGUCUGAGAUAUAUUAAGGACCAGAUUCAUAAUCAAACUUUAAAUUUAAUUGUUCCAUUCAUUCACACCAGUACUCACCCAACUCAAAAUAGUGCAAGAAUUCAAUUUGUAGACUUUGAUUGAUUACACAUUUUUGGCUGGCUGAAGCAAGUUUUGAUUAUUUUGUAGUAUUCCAUGUAGAACCUCAUAGAUUUUCAUGUUGAAAUUUAAUAUUAAAGAAAUUUGUUUUGUUAACAAUAACGAUAGCCAAAAUUAUAGUCUGCAUUAUUACUCUUUGUUUUUUGCUAAGAAUUUAUUGAAUCGCAAAGUAGUAUUGCUAAUAUUUAUUGAAAUUAAGGUGUACACUUUUUCAGACUGGCAGUGUCACCAUUUUGUAAUAUGUUUCUACAUAGGAUUUCAAUUUUAUUAUUUAUUUUUUAGUCAUUUUGUAAGGGUGUGUCCAAACAUAGAGCGGCAUUCAAACGUGGCAUACGACAUUACCUAGCGCUCGCGAACAUUUUUAGUAAGUGCGUGGCGUGUCUAUGCCGCGCAAACAUUCUUUGGUAUAUUCAAAUUUGUGCACUGCAGAAUUAAUGUUUGGACCCACCUUUAAAGGAAGCUAUCUAGUAUAUCAUUAAAGGUAUAGUUUUGAUUAGAUAGUUUAUCUUUAGCUAAUCGCGUUAAGCAAUUUAAAAAAAAUAAGUUUGGGUUGAAAACCCCGUUAAAGUGAAUUUUAAAUUUAAAUGAAACUUGAUUAUGAAACUGGUGUUAAACAAGAAAAUUUCAAUAUUUCACUUUAUGAGGUGGUCGGGGUAACACGUUAAAGUGAACUUUAAAAUUUUAAGUUGUUUUGAAACUGGGCUUAAAGAAAUUGAAGAUAAUAGGUGAAAAGCUGUAUGUGCGGAAUGUUUAUUUUGAUUUGAAAAUAUUCUUAAAGAUAUGUUUUUAUAAGAUUUUAGUUGUUUUUUUAUUGAGGAAAGUUUUCUAUUCCAUAUAAACAUUCUGUAUAUGCUUAAAUAAAUAAAUUAAAUUAAUUGUUCGUUGCAUUCGCAAGCAAAUUAAAAAAAAAAAAUGUGAUUAAGUAUUUGGGACAAAUUCUUGAUCAAAGUAUUGUGGACAUGAAAUUAGUUUGGAACGUUUGAAACAAGAAAUUACAUUAAACCUUUUAUUAUUUUUUUUUUGUAUAAGGUAGGUGUAUGUUCUCUUUUAAUAAGAAGAAAAUGAUGUUUAAUUGUAAUAUGUAAUGUAUGAAUUUAAAAAGUUUUUUUCUAAUUUAUAGGAAUCUAUUUUCAUUGUAAAUAACCUUCCUUUUUAUCUGUAACAAUAUGUUCCCAAUUUAAGAAAACAAUAUAGAUUAUUUUGAAUAUGAUGAAUUUAAAAAGAUUGAUUUUAUUGCCUUGCCAAUACGUUUACGAUGAUUUUUCCUGUAAAUUAUAAGUGAUUAAUAUUCAAUAAUAAACGAUUGUAUUAAAGAAUAACACUAAUCUAAAUUAA